UUACUAAACAUUGAUGACGUAACUAAUAAGUGUUUUUCAUUGUUCAACCUAAAUUUUAUUUAUAACUUCGAAUCAACUUCUCUACUUUGUUUUGCUAUUUUUUUUUAAUAUUAAAAAAAUGUUUUUGCGAGCUGUCGUAAGAAGAUCCGUAACUUAUAGUAAACCAAUAAUUUGGGCAACGAGAUCACCAAAAAUCAAUCUAAACAGUCCACAUAUACGAACAAUCUCUACAUUUCCAUGUAAUCAUCAGUCAUUUGCUAUGGGAGUAUUCAAAGGACAAGCUUUUGUUGAUGAAGUAUUUCCUUAUCCUGAAGCUUUGACAGAUGAGCAACGUGAGCUUUUGGAAGGUCUUGUUGAUCCCACUGAGAAAUUCUUUCAAGAGUGUAAUGAUGCUGCAAAGAAUGAUGCUAUAGAGAAAGUGGAUGAUGAAACCAUGAAAGGCUUAAAGGAGAUGGGAGCUUUUGGUUUACAGGUUUCUGAAAAUCACGGUGGCUUAGGAUUAAGUAACACUGCAUAUUCCAGGUUGGUUGAAAUAGUUGGAAUCCAUGAUCUUGGCAUUGGUAUUACACUUGGUGCUCAUCAGUCCAUUGGAUUUAAAGGAAUUUUAUUAGUUGGAAAUGAGGAACAAAAGAGGAAAUACCUUCCUAAGCUUGCAUCCGGUGAAAAUAUUGCUGCAUUUUGUCUGACAGAACCUACAAGUGGAUCUGAUGCAGCUUCUAUUCGAUGUCAAGCUGUUCCAAGUGAGGAUGGAAAGUACUGGAUAUUAAAUGGAGGAAAAUUAUGGAUAAGUAAUGGAGGUAUCGCAGAGAUUUUUACUGUGUUUGCUAAGACACCUGUAAAAGAUAAAAAAACUGGAGAAACAAAAGAAAAAAUAACAAGUUUUAUUGUUGAAAGAAGUUUCAAAGGGGUUACCAGUGGUCCUCCUGAGAAAAAAAUGGGUAUAAAAGCAUCAAACACAGCUGAGGUUUAUUUUGAUGAUGUCAAAGUUCCUGCAGAAAAUGUCCUUGGAGAGGUUGGUGAAGGGUUUAAGGUUGCCAUGAAUAUUCUCAAUAAUGGACGUUUUGGUAUGGCUGCUGCAUUAUCUGGAACUAUGAAAUCAUUAAUUGCUAAAGCGACUGACUUUGCAGUUAACAGAACUCAGUUUGGAGACAAAAUAUCUCAGUAUGGUGCGAUACAAGAGAAAAUUGCCCGUAUGAAUGUCUUGCAUUACGUCACUGAGUCUAUGGCAUAUAUGUUGAGUGGAAAUAUGGAUCGUGGAGCUCCGGAAUAUCAAAUUGAAGCUGCAAUUAGUAAAGUUUUUGCUUCUGAGUCCUGUUGGUGGGUCGCUGAUGAAUGUAUACAGAUUUAUGGUGGAAUGGGUUAUAUGAAGGAUGCUGGCUUGGAAAGAGUGAUGCGUGAUUUAAGGAUUUUUCGAAUAUUUGAAGGAACAAACGAUAUUCUUCGAUUGUUUGUUUGUUUAACUGGAAUGCAAGAUGCUGGGAAGCAUUUAAGAGAACUUCAGAAAUCCUUAAAAAAUCCUCUUGGUAACUUUGGUUUGGUUUUGUCUGAAGCAAAGAAAAGAACUCAGAGAGCAAUUGGUGUUGAUCCUGGUCCAUCGAUUAGCGCUUAUGUUCAUCCUUCACUGUCUGAUUCAUCAAAAAAGUUGUCAAAAUGUAUCGGAGAAUUCGGUGCAUCUGUUGAAGGUCUACUUAUUAAACAUGGAAAGAAAAUAAUUGAGGAACAAUUCAAACUAAGACGUUUAGCUGAUGCUACUAUUGAUCUUUAUGGAAUGGCGGCUGUUUUAUCAAGGUCGACUCGAUCGUUAACGAAUAAUUUCUCAUCAUCCCAACACGAGGCAAUGAUGACUAAAUUCUUCUGUGAUGAGGCUUCACGUAGAAUAAGAAGAAAUCUUGAGACACUAAAUAAUAAAAUGGAUAUAACCAAUGAUGAAAGAAUGUCGUCGAUUGCCAAAGCAGUUUACAGUGAAGGCGGUAUCGUACAUGAACAUCCUUUACAAUUAUAAAUCUCUCAGAAAUGUGACGUAUAAAGAACCUGUUUAUCCACUGCUGUUAUGCUUUUAAUUGCUGAGCAUUUUGGUAAAAAAUAAACUGGUAAUUACGGUAUUAAGUAUGUACACUUAUGUAUGCUUGUGGAUUUGUUCAUAAGAGGAAUGUAAAGUUUCUAUAAGUUCAUAACGUGUAACAUAAUCAGGUUUUGUUAACAUAUAAGGAAAUAAGUACGGCAAAUGUACAGUACAACUUACAAUAAAUAUUGAGAAACUAAA